UGAUAGCUACUCUUGACUGUUUUGUGAACAUUGAGUGUUGAAUAUGCCUUUCUAAAUGUAAAGUUUAGGGUAUGUAAUACGGAUUGUAUGACGGUGGCAUGCAUCCGCAGAGGGUUUAUUUGACGUAGUGCCGUCAUGCCUUAUUUUUUGGCUGGGAAUAUUGGUGGGCAGUGAUGGUGGCAGUGAUCUUGAAGACUACACUUAUGCACUGCAAUAAAGGAUCAUGGAUCAGAUCCAGGAUAACAUGUCUGCCACAUGUGUACCGAGCAAGAGGAAAAUGUCAAGACCAAAACUAAACCCCCAAACAGCAGAUGUCAUGAAAGAUUUGGGAAGAGAGGCUGAAGAUAGUGGAAUGAAACCAUCCAAAAAUGAGAGGACAAGCUCUCAGAAAAUAAAGAGAACUUACACCAGAAAAAAGUACCAUGAUCUCCAGCCUGUGGUUAUGAGACCUACAGAAGAUUCAGACCAUGGGUCCUCUUGCAGUUCAGUUAUUACAUCCAGUCUGGUCAAUGGUUUGGAAAGCCAAUAUUUGCACACUGACCACACCAGUGAAAUGAUGGCAAAAAUUGAUGGAUCCAGUUCAGACACAUUAAUAGAGACAAAUUUUAAGCUGAAGAAGAAGCACAAGAUGGAGGAAACUGACCAGCCCUCCUUAAAAAAGUACAUAGAGGAAGUAAAGCAAUCAGUACCUGUUAUAGUUCCUGUUGCUCAGUUCACUCAGAAGAAUCAGAUAACUGACAGCACACAGGAGCAGAAAUCAUCUCAGCUCACCAAAAAGGAGUCACCUGUUUAUCCGCCAGGAAGUCAGGAGGAAAAAUGGCAGCUUCAGAUUUUGGCAAAGGGUAGAGUAAGCUGCCCAAAAUGCAAAAGUGUUGGAAGAAAGACAGUGGAUGGGUUAAAGAAGCACCUGGAAACCUGCAAGUUGAAUCCUUUUACAUGUCCACACUGCGGAAAACAACUGAAAACUUCAACGGGAAUGAAGUACCACCUCAUGGCUGACCAUAACAACUUGCCCAUUCCAGACACUGGGAAUGACCUAGUUGACCAAGCAGUGAAGGAGAAAUUACGGAAAGUAUUAAAAAGGAUGGGCAAAUUAAAAUGUUCAAAAGAGGGUUGCACUGGAAGUUUCACUAGUAUAAUGGGUUAUGUGUACCACAUGAAGAAAUGCGGCAAAGAGGCGUCAGAGCUGGAGAAGCUCUUAUUGAACUGCAAACACUGUGGAAAAACGUAUCGUUCCAGAGCGGGCCUGGAGUACCAUGUCAAGAACGAACACGGUCCAACAACCCAAGAAAGUGAAGUAGAGGAGGUGAAGACACAGAAAGAGCCCGUCCCAGAGCGGACGCAGAGCGGUCGGGCCAAGCGCUUGUCAGCGCAGGUGGCCGUAUUCCAUCUGAGGGAGAUCGCCAGUGAGGAGCUGCUGAAGGAAUGGCCCAAAAGAAAAGUGCAGCGUGACCUGGUACCAGAUGACAGGAAGCUGAAGUAUUCUCGUCCAGGUUUGCCGGCCUUCAGUCAGGAGACUCUACGGAAGUGGAAGAAUGAAGUCAAACUGCAUAAAAAAGUGCAGUGUCCAAACAAGGGAUGUAACUGCUUCUAUACCAGCGUAUCUGGCCUAAAGGCACAUCUUGGGCUAUGUACCUUGGGUGAAUUUGAGACUGGGAAAUACAAAUGCUUGAUAUGUAAGAAAGAAUUCAACUCCGAAAGUGGAGUCAAGUAUCACAUUAAUUCCAUUCAUUCUCAGGAUUGGUUUGUUAUUCGGUCCAAAUCUAAGAGUUCAAAAUUAGAUAAACUGCAUAAGACUGAGCCAAAAGAAGAUUCCAAGAAGAGUCCAGAUCUUCCCUUACCAAACCCAACCCUCAGUUUUCCCAGCACCUGGAAGAAUAGACAGAUGUCAGCGGUGCCCAUGUCAAGUGGAGUGGAAACCCCAAGAAGAGUGGAAAUAAAGAGGAAGGAGGGGCAAAACAAACAGAAAGUGAAGGAGAAAGACUGCUAUGAGUUCAGCGGCAGUGACAGUCCCAGCAGCAGCAGCAGUGAGAGCUCCAGCAGCGAGUCAGAGACCGAGGACCCAGCGGCACACAGACAUGACAAUGGGCCCUCAGCAGGCCCCUCACGAAGCCUGUGUCCAGCCAGCAACCUGAAAGUGAUUCAUAAACCAUUCCUUUUCCAAAUAUGGAGUUUUUCCAGUGUUCACCUCCAAAUAUUAAAGAGAAACACAUCUAUUCAAAGGUUUAGGGUCAGUAAGAUUUGAAAGAUGUCUCUAAUGCUCACCAAGGCUGCAUUUAUUUGAUCAAAAAUACUGUAAAAUUGUGAAAGAUUAUUACAGUUUAAAAUAACUAAUUUCUAUUUUAAUAUAUUUUAAAAUGUAAUUUAUUCCUGUGAUGGCAAAGCUGAAUUUUCAGUAGAAAUUAAGCCAGUCGUUAGUGUCACACGAUCCUUCAGAAAUUAUUCUGAUAUACUAAUUUGGUGCUCAAGAAAUAUGUCUUAUUAUUAUCAACAUUAAAAACAGUGCUGUUUAAUAUUUUAGUGGAAACUAUUAUACUUUUCAUGAUUUUUGAUGAAUAUAAACUAGUUCAACAGACCAGCAUUUAAUUUAAAAUAUAAUUGCUAACAUUAUGUCUUUACUUUUGAUCAAUUGAAUGCAUUCUUGUUGAAUAUUAUUUGUAGAAUUUGCUGAAUUGUGCUUCCCUUUUAUUGACAAGAGGAACUGCAUAUAUUGAAAGGCCACAUGCAAAUGUUUUAAAAUGUCUUUGAAAGUAUUAUGACAAUUUGACUUUGCCAUGUGUAUUGAAUGUAGUAGAGCAUUAUGUUUAUUUUUUUCUGUAAGCAUGCUCUGUACCUCUAAGUUUCACCAGUGAUAGACUUUAUUUAAACAGUUGCAUGCAACAAUGUUCAUGAAUGCUGCUGUUUUUAUUUGUUUUUUUUUUGUCUUUAAUAUUAUUAAGUGUGAUUCUGGCACCACAGAAAUUAUGCUCUGUAACAGCUGAAUUGGCUUUUAGUAUGAAGGUACAUGGUCCUUUAGAGUUACUCUUCCUGGAUGUCAGGGAGAGAAAAUGAGUUUGUUGAAAUGCAUUUAAAA